AUGCCUGAGGUGAUCUUCAACGGUCCCGCCGGCCGGCUCGAGGGCCGGUUCCAUCCCGCGAAAAAACGCAACGCACCAAUUGCCCUGGUUCUGCAUCUGCAUCCGCAAUUCGGCGGUACAAUGAACAACCAAAUUGUCUACCAAAUGUAUUACAUGUUCGCGCGGCGAGGAUUUGCUGUCCUUCGGUUCAAUUUUCGCGGCGUGGGCCGGUCUCAGGGCACAUUUGAUCAUGGACAGGGUGAAUUGUCCGACGCGGCCGCGGCACUCGAUUGGGUGCAGACUGUUCAUCCAGAUGCUCGUGCCUGCUGGAUCGGCGGAUUUUCUUUCGGCGCUUGGAUCGGUAUGCAGUUGCUUAUGCGCCGCCCCGAAGUCGAGGGCUUCAUUUCCGUCGCUCCACCGGCGAACCUGCAUGAUUUCUCGUUUCUUGCCCCUUGCCCUUCUUCAGGUCUGAUCAUUCAUGGUGACAACGACAAGGUUGUCCCGCAAAAGGAUGUCCAGACCCUGGUCGACAAGCUGAAAACCCAAAAAGGCAUUGUGAUCGAUCACGAGACAAUCCCCGGCGCCAAUCAUUUCUUUGAAAACGACAUGGACGAUUUGCUCCAGCGCUGCGGUACCUAUGUCGAUGGCCGCCUGGGUCUGACACCCGAAGAUCACAUCAACAUAGACUGA